UCGCAUCUUGCAUCAAUGCACACGCGCGAUCGCGCAGGCAAACCCCAAAAGAUGGCACACAAAUCAGCAGCACCCCCCGCGUCGGCGAAAAGAAAGGCUUCUUCAAGUGACAAACACGCCGACGGCAACCCCUCCAAAAAGGCGAAGACCGCAACCGGCCCAAAGCACCACAAAGUCGACCACCCCGAUGAGGAUGCUGGUUCAGACGGUGACGGCGCCGGCGCCGGUUUGAGGCAUGCUAAGUCUGCGCCAAAACAAGGACAAGACAAGAAGCCGAAGGAGAAUGGCAGGACUUCCGGGAAGCCGGCCGAACGAGUCUCGGGAUCGCGCGAGGCGCACGCGAAGCAGAAGCAGCUCGCACAGGAGCGGAAGGCCGCAAAGCCGCUGGCGGACGAGGUGCAACGGACCAAGAAGCUAUGGGAGAGGCUGCGCCGCAAAUCCCAUGUCCCCAAGGAGGAGCGCCAGCAGCUCGUCGACGAGUUGUACAGCAUCAUCACUGGGCGCAUCAAGGACUUCGUUCUAAAACACGACGCUGUCCGCGCUGUGCAGACGGCCAUCAAGUACUCGACACCCGCCCAGAGGAAGCAGAUCGCCAAGGAACUUCAAGGGUCGUACGUGCAACUCGCCGAGAGCAGAUACGCCAAGUUCCUCGUCGGGAAGCUGCUUGUCCAGAAUGACAACGAGAUUCGAGACCUUAUCAUUCCGGAGUUCUACGGCAAAGUACGGAAGCUCAUCAACCACCCCGAGGCUUCCUGGAUCCUGGACGACAUUUACCGCGGAGUGGCCACCAAGGAGCAGAAGGCCCACCUGCUGCGAGAGUGGUACGGGCCAGAGUUCGCCUUGUUCAAGCCUGGCAGUGGUGCCGAGAUCACGGCGGAUCUAGCCAAGAUCCUCGCUGAUGAGCCCAGCAAGCGGGGACCUGCGAUGAAGUAUCUUUUCGAUAUGACCAACGGCCUCAUCCAGAAGAAGAUGACGGGCUUUACGAUGCUACACGAUGCCAUGCUGCAAUACUUCCUCAACCUCAAGCCCGAGAGCCAGGAGCUCAAGGAAUUCGUCGAGAUUGUCAAGGGAGAUGAGAACGGCGAUCUGCUGAAGAACAUGGCCUUCACCAAGUCGGGGGCCCGCCUGGUGUGCCUACUCCUGGCCUAUGGAAGCGCGAAAGACCGGAAGCAAAUUCUCAAGACAUUCAAGGACACAUUCCAGCUCAUGUGCGGCGACCCGCACGGCCACAUGGUUCUCUUGGCUGCCUACGACCUCAUCGACGAUACCGUGUUGACGUCCAAGACGAUUUUCCCAGAGAUCCUCGGGAAGAACGAGGAGAAAGAUAUUGAGAACAUCAUCUUCCUGGCCAACGACCUCAAUGCCCGCAUCACAGUCUGCUACCUCUUCGAGGGGCAAUCAAAGUCUCUGUUCCCUGCCAGCCAUGCCUAUGAUUUGGAACUCCUGGCCGAGAUUCACGAGAUCCGCAAGAAGACAAGCAAGAAGGACCCAGAAACCCGGCGCAAGGAGUUGGUGGCGGCCAUGUCCCCGCCAUUGCUCGCAGCAGUCGCGGCGUCGCCCAAGGACCUUGUUGCCACGUCGUUCGGCUGCCAGUUCGUCACUGAUGUCUUGUUGUCGGCAACGGGAGACAAGUCUGCUGCCCUGGAGGCAGUAGCCUCGACUGCUGCCGGCGACCCCUCGCCGGCGCAGUCCGGGGACGCCGACUCAGCUUAUCCCCCUCCGGCACACAUCUCCCUCACACCCCACGGGGGCAAGAUGUUCAAGACUCUUAUUGCCGGCGGACGGUUCGACAAGGCAUCUGGAGCAAUCCGGCGGGUUGACCCACCCCUCAACUUUGCCAACAUCCUCUACCCAGUCAUCAAGGAGCAUAUUGUCAAGUGGGCAACCGGACCGAGUUCCUUCACCGUUUUGGGACUGCUCGAAGCCCCCGACUUUUCGUCCACGGAGGAACUGCUCAAGACCCUCCGCUCUGAGAAAAAAGCGCUCCAGGCGGCGGCAGAUGGGGAAGCGGCCGCUCAGAUCGAGAGCGCAGAUGGCAAGAAAUCGAAAUCGAAAUCGAAGGGCAAGGACAAGCCCGGAGGCAACCAAGGUGCAAGGUUGCUGCUCGAGAAGUUGAACGCCUAGGAAAGGCCUCAGAGAAGGAUUCAUGCUUUGUAGCCUGCAACGUUGCCGUUCGGUGGAGGGGCAGGGGGCGAGUUGGAGCAAGGACCGGGACAAAGAGC